GGGUUUUGUGAACCACGAAGGCUUGAGCACUAUUAAAUUGAAAAUAAAUCAGCUUCAUCAGGAUCUUACAUUGCGAGCGCUAAUAGAAAUACAACAGAUCAGCAGCCUGUUGCUUUCUCUCCAUGGAAGCCUACUUAUCCAGAUCAUGCAGGUAAAUAUAUACAAACCUUGCUUUUUUUAAAAUUUUCAACUAUAUUUACAUGUGUUGUUAUUAGCUUAAUAUUCUCAUGUGGGCUCAUCGGCAGUUGGCAUCCAGAAGCAGAAGAAACAACUAAUGAAUUUGCUAGACAUGGAAAGAGAAAACAAGUCUCCAUUGGCUGUAGUUAUUUAUGGAUUUGGCGGCAUAGGAAAGACCACCCUCGCCACCGCUGUUAUUCCUGAUUUAAAUCUCACAAAUUACAACUAUUCAGGAGUUCAAAUGCAAGAAGACAGCUCCAGGAACGUCAUAAAAUACAUGUAGCAGCAAAUAUUGAAAGAUGCCUUCCCAGCAUAUUAUGACAGAAAUUUAACAUUAAGAAAUAGUACUCACAACUCGAAAUCUGGGUAUCACGGAUAUGCUUAAAGACGUCGGCCUUGCAUGUUGUGAGAAUAUUAUUGAUACCCUACCCCACGAAGAGGCACGCAAAAUUUUAUUCGAAGACCUCAAUCCUGCAGACGACAUGCAAAAAACCCUGCAGAUUUGUGUCAAAAUUUCAUUAAUUUUACAGGUUGUUGGUGUUUGUUUGAGUAAGCAGAAUUUCAUGGUAGAGAGAUGCACUCAAAUAUUUGAAGCUUUGGAAAGAAGAAACGAUAUCAUUGAAGAAAAUUUGAGCAGAUGUCUUUUCACUUUUAUGUAUAAUGAGUUGGAAGCGUCUACACAAGAAGCAUUUUUGGAUAUAUGCUGCUCCUUUGCUAGCUGGAAUCGCAACGAUGUGGAGUGCAUUGUUGGAGCUGAGGAGGUCACACAUGUGGAAGAGGCAGCUUUGUUCAAGACGUCCGACAAAGGCAAUGUUAUUGUUCUUGAUAUCUUCCAAGCAAAAGGGCUGAGUAUGUCUGAAUCGAAUAGAAUAACUAAUAAGCAAUCCUGGCUCGAUGUUUUAUGCGACAAUAAGAGGCUCGAUCAAAUUUAAAGGAAACUGGCUUACCAGGGAGGAGACUGAACUUGCGUACGAAUUUGAUGAGAAGCCUAGCCUUGUGGAACAAGAUAAAUGUAUCAGGGUCAAGCCAAAAGACACCCAAAUUUAAAAAAUUGAGUUUUCUCAAACUAGGUGGCAACAUGUCUGGUUUAUGGACAGUAAAUUUGGAGUGCCUUGAGCGGUUGGCUGUGUACUAUGGCCCUGUCUUUAAGGAUAGUCAUGUCUUAUUGAUCUGUUCAAAAAAUUCAUUGCCUUGCCCAAAUGAAAUGGGGCCAUGUAAGGUGUAUGUACUAUAUACUGAGCCAAAGCCUCCUCCAAGAUUGUAAGAUGCUAAAAAUGGCUGUAUCUAGUCAUGUGAAGUUCGAUUCUAUUGUGCUCAUCUAUACUUGUCAAAAAUGUGGAUGCCCAUGUCCAUCGUUCAUGGAGUUAGUAGUAUUGAAGGACAUGGCUUGUGGCCAUAAGGAAACAAUGCGUUUCCGUGAAGACACCGCUACCUUCUCCUGUAAAAAUUAACCUUGUGGUAACCUUUCACUAUGAAGACUUUGCUACCAUUUCCUAUUUACUGUAUCCCAUAUUCUUUGGA